AUGAAUUUGAUUAUAGAGAUAGACAGGCGACCGACAGCGACAAUAAAAUCAAAGUUUUUCAGUCAAGCAAGAUGGACGUGCGUUUUAUACGUACAAAUAUUUAAUCUCCAUAAUAUUGAAAGAAACAACAAAAUGUACAAUGGUAUAGGAUUGACCACUCCGAGGGGGUCGGGAACUAACGGUUACGUUCAGACGAACUGGGCCUCGCCUAACCAAGAUAUACUUGACCAUGAGAGAAAAAGGAAGAUCGAAGUUAAAUGUGCUGAACUUGAGGAUAGUUUGGAAGAACAGGGGUUGCCGAAGGAGGAGAUAGCGGCACGCGUGGCCGCGUUCAGAGCGAAACUCUCGGAGUCCAGCAGUGGUGAAAAGGACGUGCCCAGGGACGAAUUUGGAAGGGUGGCG